AAAGUUUGUACUUUGGUUUUGUUGGUGUUCAUGAUCCGUGACCUUCGAUGGAAAAGAUCGAAACGGAAAGACAGAGAGAGAGAGACGUUCAAAGCUGCCAACAUGCAAUGACAGAUUGUGUUGGGAGAACACGUUAUGGGACCCAUUAUGCCUGACAUGCCUUAUGACAUCCAUGCAGGAGUUCUUAAAUUCUCUGACGGUACGGUCUCAAAUUCUGGCACAGCAAAGCCCACCAACCCAGUUGUUGCUAAUUGCUAUUAAUUACCUGCAAUGAGUUCUUCAUCUAGGAGGCGGCUUGGUCUAUCUACUUUUUUUCAUCAUUUUGUUGAGGCUUUGAAAUGGCAGAUACCCAGAAGGAAAAUUGAUUCGGGGUUUGUGGGUUGGAGCUAUAGCGAUGGAGGGAGAAGCAAGGGAAGGACGAUCCUUGUCUGAGACCCCCACUUGGGCUGUUGCAACUGUAAUCACUGUCAUGGUUUCUUUUGGAUUCUUCUUUCAUGGCUCUUUGAAACGCUGUGGAAAGUGGUUGGAUAAGACUAAGAGAAAACCUCUACUUGCUGCCCUGGAGAAGAUCAAGGAAGAGCUAAUGCUUUUUGGACUUCUGUCGUUGUUGAUGGGUCAUUGGAUUGUCUUUGUGGCCAAGAUUUGUGUUAAAUCGUCCGUCUUAAGCAGCCGAUUUUAUCCAUGUGAAUCGGAGAGUGAUCUCCGAUCAGCGGAGCACAUUCUUGUUUCAGUUUCACAUUAUUUGAAUAACUCCGUUGUCAGAGAACAGAUGAAAAAUGGGCUUCAUAAUCAUUGUCCCGAGGGUCACGAAUCAUUUGUUUCUCAUGAAAGUCUUGAGCAGCUUCAUCGUCUUGUAUUUGUUCUUGGCAUUACCCAUGUUGCUUACAGCUUUUUUGCCAUUGCGUUGGCCAUGAUUAAGAUCUACAGCUGGAGACCAUGGGAAAAUGAAGCAAAGUCUAUGGCUAUUCAGAGCUUACAAGACACUCCACAAGCUACUCCAGACAAUAUAAGAAUGAGGCGACUGUCUACUUUCAUUUUUCACCGCACGUCCCAUCCAUGGAGCCAGCACAGAGUUCUUGUUUGGCUGCUUUGCUUCAGCCGCCAGUGCUGGAGUUCUAUAAAUCGAGCUGACUACAUGGCCUUGCGUUUAGGCUUCAUCACUACUCAUCAACUUCCUCUAUCAUAUGAUUUCCAUAAUUAUAUGCUUCGAAGCAUGGAGGAAGAGUUUCGUGAUAUUGUUGGAAUUAAUGUGCCUCUCUGGAUAUAUGCAAUAUGUUGCCUUUUUCUAGAUUUUCAUGGAAGCAAUAUCUACUUUUGGCUUUCCUUCCUUCCAGCAAUUUUGAUCCUGCUAUUGGGUACUAAACUGCAUCGGGUGGUGGUAAAGUUGGCUGUGGAAAUCAUGGACAAAUGCCCAUUAGAGGGAUUCCAUCAGUUUAAACUGAGGGAUGAUCUCUUUUGGUUUGGAAAGCCCAAGCUUCUUUUGUGGUUAAUACAUCUAAUAUCCUUCCAGAAUGCAUUCGAGAUGGCAACAUUCCUUUGGUCCUUGUGGGAAAUUAGGGAGCCUUCUUGUUUCAUGGAGAACCGCAGAUUCCUUGUGAUCCGUUUGUCGUUUGGGAUCAUCUCCCAAUUCUGGUGUAGCUUUAUUACAUUCCCUCUCUAUGUUAUCAUUACACAGAUGGGUUCGAGGUUCAAAAAGUCGUUAAUUUCCGAAAAUGUAAGAAAAUCACUAACUGGAUGGCAGAGGAGAGUGAAGGCCAGGCAUGGUUCCUCUGUUGCACUCUUGAGUGCAACAGCAACUACAUCCCCAGGUUCUGUGGGGGAUGAGAUGGGGAGAAUUCAUGAUUUAGCCUCAGACAGCAUGGAAGGAAGCUCCUCAAAAGAUCAUCAUGCAACGUAAAAAAACCAACCAUAUGAAUUCCCUCUCAGUGAUAAGAAGUUAGAAAUUACGCUUUCUUCUGGUCCUGUCUAUGACAGUUAUGCCAGUGAUGAUAGUAAUCAUGAUGACAGUGAUGAUGAUGAUGGUCUUGAUGGUAAUGAUGAUAAGGAUGACAUCAAAGAUGAUUCAUGUCUCCUUCCAACGCCUUAAGCUUUUUAUGUUUCAAGUUAAUGAACAUUUGCAUAACAUUGAUGUAGUCAUCAGAUAGAUUGUAAUAUCAUCUUGCUAACAAAUAGUUGAUAUUAACUGCCA